AUGAAGGCUUUAGGCAUCAUCAGCAGAUUACUAGUAUACGCACAGCUUCUCUCAACAGCUGCUCAAGCACAUUCCGUUCGACGCACGGAGCCGAAACUACUACGCAGAGUACAGGAUGUUACGUUUACGCCAACGCUGGCGGACGACGCGGCGCCCACGGAGCUCUCCGUCUCGUUCACGCUGUCCGGAAGCACGAGCGAGCAACGGGUGAGCCUAUCCCUCCGCCGCGAUGAAGACGUCUACGCGCAGCCCGUCGCGGUGCAUCGUCUCCGCGCCGACGGCUCCAUCCGUAGCACCGAGACGACGCCGGCCGGCGACCACCUCGCCUACCACGGCACGGCCUCUACCACCACCACGACAGCAGACGGGAAGCAAGGGCGGGAGAGUCAGGAGGACUGGGCGCGGGUGUCUGUGCACGUCAGCCGCGGCAUCCCGCUGCUCGAGGGGGCGUACUUUCUAGACGGCUUCGAGUACCACAUCCAGACGGACGCUACGUAUCGACGCACGCGCAGCGACGAGGACACGGUGCUGGCCGCUGCCAACCAGCCGUACAACGUGGCCUGGCGGUACAUUGACGAUGGCGGCGGCGGCGGCGGCGGCGGCGGACUUGCAAAGCGUGAGGAGCAGCCGACGUGCGGGAUUGACGGCCUGGAUCACACCGGGCAGAGCAGCCUGGAGAGACGCCAGCGCGGCGGCGACACGACGGAGAGCCUGCUGCAGAGCAUCGGCUCCACCAGCGGCUGCCCGUCGACGCGCGCCAUCGCGCUCCUCGGCAUCGCGACCGACUGCACGUACACGGCGCAGUUCAGCUCCGAGCAGGACAUCCGGCGCGCCAUCCUGACGCAGGUCAACGCCGCGUCGCGCGUCUACGAGGCCGCCUUCAACGUGCAGCUGCGCGUGCGCAACAUCACCAUCUCCGACCGCGCGUGCCCGACGGGCAGCAGCGGCAACGCGUGGAACCGCGCGUGCUCGUCGGGCCUGUCCAUCAGCGACCGCCUCAACGAGUUCUCGCGGUGGAAGGCCGGCUUCGCCGAGGAGCCCGCGGCGGCGGCAUGGACGCUCAUGACGGCGUGCAGCUCCGGCUCGACGGUGGGCAUCGCGUGGAUCCGCAGCGUGUGCCAGCCGGGCGUGCUGCUGCGCGGCGCGGUGCGCUCGACGCCGGGCGCCAACGUCGUGGCGCGGACCUCGGCCGAGUGGCAGGUUCUCGCGCACGAGCUGGGCCACAACUUUGGCGCCGUGCACGACUGCACCUCUAGCUGCAGCAGCGGUGGUGGGGAGCUGUGCUGCCCGUUGAGUAGCAGCAGCUGUGACGCGCGUGCGCAGUACAUGAUGAACCCGUCGGUCAGCGCGCGCGUGACCGAGUUCUCGCCGUGCUCGAUCGGGCAGGUGUGCACGGCGUGGGGCCGGGGCAACAUCGAGACGGCGUGCCUGCGGGGCAACGACAACGUGCCGACCGUGUCGGAGUCGGUGUGCGGCAACGGCGUGGUGGACGCCGGGGAGGACUGCGACUGCGGCGGGCCCGAGGGCUGCGGCGACAACCCGUGCUGCGAGCCGACGACGUGCCGCUUCAAGGCCGGCGCCACGUGCGACCCGUCCACGCAGCGCUGCUGCACCGCCCAGUGCGGCCUAGCCACCGCCGGCCAGGUCUGCCGCGAGAGUGUCGGCCUAUGCGACCCGCAGGAGACGUGCAGCGGCAGCUCCGCCGACUGCCCGCGCGACGAGCAGCUGCCGGACGGGCAGUCCUGCGGUGAUAACGGCGGCGGGCUGACGUGCGCGACGGGCAUGUGCACGUCGCGGGCGACGCAGUGCUCGAAGCUGCUGACGUCCAACAACAGCACGGAGACGGUGCGCGCGGGCGGCAACGUCACGGCCGAGGCGUGCAGCGCGACGGGCUGCGAGAUGAACUGCAUGCAGACGGACGCGAGCGGCGGUCGGCUAGACGGGGGUGUCUGCCAGGCGAGUCCCAAGUUCUUCCGGGACGGCACGGCAUGCGGCUCCGGGUCGCGGCGGUGCUACAACGGGACCUGCAGUGGGCGGGCGACCAGCGGCGGGGGCGGCGAUGCGGCGUCGUGGAUCCGGGAGAACCGCACCAUCUUCAUCGUCAUCUGCGUGGUGGGCGGCGUGGCGCUGCUGGUGGCGGCGGCGCUGGUGGUGUGCUGCUGCCGGCGACGGGCGAGUCGACGGAACGCGGUCGGGACGCAGCAGGCGAGGAUGGCGACGGCGAUGAGGCAGAGCGGUGUUGGUGGUGGUGGUGGUGGUGUUGGUGGUGGUGUUGGUGGUGGUGUUGCAUCGCAGCAGUGGCAGCACCGACCGCCGCCGCCGCCGCCGCCACCGAUGGCACAGAUGCAGUCACCGAUGCCGGUGACCCGGACGGGCAGUAAUCUACACCGAUAUGCGUAG